AUGAAGACGACUACAGAGUCUCAUCUUCCCACCGCUCAAGAUGAAUGGAACGAUCAUGGGAACGAUCAGUCUAUGCCUAAGCCUUCCUUUUGGCAAAAGAAUAUUGUGACUCGAAGCCUUAUUGCGGCUUUUACCCUUUCAUUAGCUUGCAACAUCUAUACUGUUCUUCUCUUUAAUUCAUCGAGUUCCACAUCAGGCCCUUCUAAAGCCGAGAAAAUCCAAUUGAGCUCGGACGUGACUCCCUUCGCUAGAUUGAAAUGGGAUAAAUGGAUUAUGUGGGAGCACGGUGGCCUUUACGUCAAUGAUACGGAAGAAAAGACAAAUGCCGCAUGGGAGGCUAUCAACUACGACACUGGCAAUGUUGCACUCGAUGAUUCGUUCGUUGAGGAGAUGGGUCUUCCCGUGUCUCAACGCUUCCCCUGGGAUGACUCGAAAGGCCUAUACUUCAUGAAUGGCCAACAUCAGAUCCAUUGCCUGGCUGCUCUCCGUAAGUCGUUCUUCCAGCUCCGCGACAACGUGCCUCUGGAUCUCGCUUGGCAUCACAAUAUGCACUGCUUCAACGCCCUUCGGCAAGACAUCAUGUGCACCGCUGACGACACUCCACGCUCUAUGUUACGUGCUCAUCCAGGCUCUGUUGGCGUAGGGCAGUAUCGUCGCUGUCGGGACUGGGACAAAAUGGUCGAGUGGACCCGGGAACACUGGAGCUGCUGGCGCGACAUUAACAAGACUGAUCACAUAGACACCUUGUUACGGUACCGCUACUGUCCAAAAGGAAGCCCCUAUUAUGACCGAAUCCAUGCCGUCUUUGGCGAUUUCGAGAUGGGACCAAACGCCAAUGCAGAUAAUUGA